AGGAAUAGUACAUGUCAGAAAAAGAGCCGUUGCUCAAUGGGAGGGCGGAUAUAGAGAAUGGGAAGAAUUAUGGCGAGAUUGUUGUAGUCAAGAAACCUAUGUCAAGAGUGAGACAUUAUCCGAAUUCGAGAGUCGGUUGCUGGGAACGGCGUCGAAGAGCUCGAGCAAAAGCUAAGUACUACCGAGAUCUUGAAGAGAUACAACAACAAUUUGAGGAAGAUCGCCGUCUUGUCGAAGGAGAGGAUGAAUUAGUAGAGAUGGAAAGAGGUCCUGACAGGAUAUUAGCACGGAUACUUCUAGCUUUGAACAUAUGUUUACUUUUUGCUAAUUUUUUUGCAUCAAUAAUAUCAGGUUCAUUAUCAAUUGUUAGUACAUUUGUCGAUUCUGCUAUGGAUAUAACUACAAGUGCAAUAUUGAGUUUCUGCCUUUGGCUCAUUAAAAACACUAACAAGUUCAAAUAUCCUCGAGGAAGAGCGAGCCUGGAACUAUUAGGUGUAGUGUUAUGCUCAGUGAUAAUGGCCAUUGCUAAUAUGUUCCUUAUCAUGCGGUCCGUUCAAGCGAUUCUAACGGGACAGGUCGAGUCGUUGAUGAUAGCUCCUGAAGUGGACAUAUAUGUCCUAGCCAUAAUGUUUACUGGUUCUGGUAUUAAAGCUAUUCUUAUGGUGAUUUGCUACAAACGUGGAACUGCUUCGUCAAAGGUUCUUGCCAUGGAUAUGCGUAACGAUAUCGUCACAUCCCUGGUCGCAGUGGUAUGUGCAACCAUAGGAGAUAAAUUUUGGAUUUAUGCUGAUCCUGUUGGCGCAAUUAUCGUCUGUGCUCUAAUAGCCACUUCUUGGUUCUACCAUGCACUUCAACAAGUCCCUAUACUGGUAGGCGUACGAGGCGAACGAGAUCAGCUGUCCCGAAUUUUGAAGAUUGUUAUCGAGCACGAUGAUCGGAUAAAGCAGAUACAUCACAUCAUGGUUUAUCAUACUGGAAUGCAAGCAACUGUCGAAUUGCACAUAGUUAUGGACGAAAAUCUUCCAUUAAAGAUCACUCAUGACAUCUGCCACCCGCUCGAGGAAAAGCUGUUGAAGUUAGAUUUUGUGGAACGGGCAUUUAUUCAUUGUGAUUACGAGUGCGACGAUGAGAAGAAGAUUGCUAUCUGUUAAGAAAAUUUGUAUUUAUGUACAUAGAAUAUUAGCGAGCAAUAUCAACAAGACUUCCCUUGCUUUGUCGUUGGUAUUGUUCUCAGUUUUUGUAAGUAUGUGAGUUUGAAUGAUGUUAUUCUAGU